AUGUCUCUAGUCAUCGAGGAUAGGAAAGAUAAUUCGAAGGAAAAGUUCACAGCUGAGACCAUUGCGGAUCGUCCCAUCCAGUGGACAACUACAUUGGCCUCUAUAAUCCCUGAAGACUUCGUCGUUCCGGAUGAGUACGCAACCGCCCACAUCACGGUUGAAGAUGCCUUAUCCCACCGUACCGGUAUGCCUUGCCAUCUGAGGCACUUUGGCCCGAAGGGCUCAAAACGAACAGUAAAGGAUGAAGUGCGUCAACUGCGCUAUCUACCCUUGACUGCGGAACUGCGCGCUAGAUACAUGUAUAACAAUCUCAUGUACACUGCAGUUUCGCAUGCAAUUGAAAAAGUAACAGAAAAACCCCUUGGUGAGUUCCUUAGGGACAGAAUUUGGAAACCACUGAAGAUGGAUAAUACCUACUGGACAUCGCUAGAUGAACACGCCAACCACAACACCUUGGCGCUCGGAUAUGCUUGGGAUGCAACAAAGAACCUAUACGUCCCUGAGCCGCUGCCAGAUGUCGCCAGUGCAUCUGGUGCUGGGGCGAUGAUCAGCAGUGUUUUGGAUUAUGCAAGUUGGAUCAGAUGCAUGAUAUUCAAAGCCGGUCCACUCAGUUUGGAGUCUCAUAGAGCCCUCACCCAGCCGCGGAGCAUAAUAAUCGAUGACGAGCAAAACCUGUUCCGCGAACCGCACUUCUAUUCUUUGGGCUGGACACUCGAUUCCUAUCGGGACGAUCCUUUAUAUGCACCUAUUGGACCAUUGGUUAUCAACACCCGAAACCGAUCAAGUGGACUGGAACAGCCUCAUCAAAGGCAAGAUCUACGAGCAUCGAAAGAAACAGGCUGA